AAAUGAUGCGAGAGAAGCUCCCACUUCUCACCACCUGCUACUGCCGCCGCCGCCGUCCGCCGUCGCCGCCUCCGGCGGGCCCUCUCUCUCUCUCUCCCCUCCAUUCGUCUCUCUUCUUUCUCUCCUCUCUCUCUCUCUUUCUUCUCUCACUCCUCUCUCCUCCCUCGGCCCUGCUUACGCGCCGCUGCUGUGCGCGCGGCGGCUCGCCGUCGCUGCCUUCCCCCUCUCGGAUUCCGCCGCCGUCACCGCCAUGCACCACCUAGACCGCCGCCGCCGACCUCUCUACCUAUCUCCCUCUUUCUCUCGGAUCCGCCGCUCCCUCGCCAUUCUCCGACAGAUUUGUGAAGGGGCGAAAUCAGUGAUGGAUUUGAAGGAGGUUGAGCUGUCAUCGUUGGUUGACGGUUUCCUAGCUCGCCCGAAAUCUGACAGAUUCAUGACCGUGAGAUAAGUUUUCCUAGCUUGUGCUUACUUUGGUGGUAGGACUUGGUUUGUCUACUCUAUGGAUUUGGUGACUCUUGAAUAAUGUGUUGUUACUUGGAAGACUCAUGGUGAAACAUGUAAAUCUUGGUGUGAAUUUUUAACUUUGGGCAGAAUCUACUUGCAACUAUAUGUAUGCAGACUUGUACAUAUGAAAGAAAAGAAGGGCUUGGUGUUUACCUUUUGAUGUGGGAGCAAAGUUUUGUUGGAUUGUGGGGCUUGAUCCUACGAUUAUCUGCAACUCUUCCUCCUU